AUGCGCAAAGUCAUUUAUGAAUUCGGUCAAUGCGAUCCAAAGCGUUGUUCCGGCCACAGGAUGGUCAAGUACAACAAAAUUCAGUCACUCAAUCUGAAGAGUCGGUUCAAUGGAAUCGUUCUAGCCCCAAAUGCAACUCAAUCUAUUUCUCCUGCUGACAGAGAACUUAUGGAAAGACGGGGAAUUGGAUUGAUAGAUUGUUCUUGGAACCAGAUAGAUUCGUUCGAUUUUAGAAAAGUAAAUAUUAGUUCUAAAAACGGUCGGCUGUUGCCAUUUUUGGUGGCUGCAAAUACAAUCAACUAUGGGAAACCAUACAAACUAAACUGUGUUGAGGCACUUAGUGCUGCGCUAUAUAUAGUGGGAGAGAAAGAAGAGGCUGUAGGUGUAUUUGAAGGAUUUUCCUAUGGUGAUGAGUUUUUGAAACUAAAUAAGGAUUUGCUGGAGAUGUACUCACAAUGUGCCAAUUCGUUAGAGGUUGUAAAACAGCAAAAUGAGUAUUUGGAAAAGAAUAGACGAAAAUAG